AUGCAAUCUCACGCGCAGUCAACAACUGAAGAGACUAAUUCUGGAUCUGUCUCUCCAGAAAAUUUUGAUUUGGAAAAGCCAAUGCCACAGCCGACACCCGCACAGGACCUUAAUGUUGUUGUUUGGGAAGCCUCUGACCAUGAAAAUCCUCAUACAUGGAGCACGGGCCGUAAAUGGCUUGUGAUGCUUGCACUGAACACACUACCACUAUUUGUUAACGUUGGAUCCAGUAUCCUCAGCGGCUCGGGGGCAGCUCUUCAAAAGGAGUACGAUGUAUCCGCCGAGCUGACGGUACUAGUCACCAGCAUGUUUCUUCUGGGAUUUACAUUUGGACCACUCAUAUUCGGCCCUCUCUCUGAACGAAUCGGCCGCAAAACCCCCAUUAUCAUCGGCCUAACACUGUGCUCCACCUUUUGUCUGCCAAUCGCCCUCGCACAAAAUUUCUAUACAAUUCUUAUCUGUCGAUUUUUCAGUGGUCUCUUUGGCUCGGCAGCAAUGGCUGUCACAGGCGGUGCUGUGGCGGACCUAUGGCCGAAUCCAGUCCUUCGAGGAGUGGGAAUGGAUGCCUUCAUUGCCACCGGUUUCCUCGGCCCUACUCUCGGUCCUAUUGUUGGGAGUUUCAUUACACAGAGCUAUUUGGGAUGGCGUUGGGUGAUGUGGAUUACUGCAAUAGUGUUGUAUAGCUUCACGAUCUUCGCAUUCUUUUUCAUUCCAGAGACAUAUGCCCCGGUCUUGUUGACCCGGAAGGCUGCACGGCUACGACUCGAGACAAGGAAUUGGGCACUUCACAGCAAAAUGGAGGAACAUGAUACGGACUUCAAAACAUUUACAAAGAUGUAUUUGAUGCGGCCAUGGGUCCUCUUAUUUACCGAACCAAUUUACUUUCUAAUCACCAUAUACAUGGCAUUCGUUUACGGCUUACUAUUCCUGUUCUUCGAAAGCUUCCCCGUCGCAUUUGCGGAAGUACGUGGCUGGGCACUGCAAAUCGCAUCGCUUUCAUUUAUCGGACUCGCAAUUGGAGCUGUUUUCGCUGGCCUUUCCAUUGUCUACUACACUAUGACUUUGUACAAACGCCAGAUAGAAUCCACACCAGGCCUCUUUGUCCCCGAGCGACGUCUUCCUCCCAUGAUGAUAGGCGCCGCAAUGUUACCACUGGGCAUGUUCUGGGCCGGAUGGACAAGCCAACCAUCUACUCCGUGGCCCGCACAGGUAGCAGCCUAUAUUGUGGUUGGGGCAGCUCUUUACAUCAUUUUCGUCCAAGGAUUCAAAUAUUUGGUCGACGUCUACCUAAACGUUGCCAACAGCGCUAUCUCAGGAAAUACCUUUGCGCGCAGCUUCUUUGGUGCCGGGUUUCCGUUAUUCUCUACCGCUCUGUAUCAUAAUCUGGGUGUGCCAUGGGCUACCAGUUUGCUGGGGUUUAUCUCGCUGGCGUUGGCUCCAGUACCGGUUUUGUUUUACAUGUAUGGAGCGAGAAUUCGGACAUACUCGAAGAAUGCAUUGGCUGAUGCAUGA